AUGAGAUACUAUUAUAUAUUCCUGUUUAUUGCUUACUUUAUUUCUAUUCUAGGAAACUCCUGCCUUAUGUUUGUUAUCAUUACAGACCGAAAUCUUCAAACUCCUAAAUAUAUCACUGUCUUUAAUUUAUCACUGACAAACAUUUGUGAGAGUAUCACUGUAAUCCCUCAGAAACUGGGUGCAUUUUUGUUCGGGAAUCAGUUGAUCCCGUAUGGAUUGUGCUUGUGUGAUAUGCUCUCCAAUAUGUUAUUUUUUUCAGUGCAUUCACUAACUCUCAGUAUUCUGUCUUCUGAAAGAUUAGCAGCCAUUUGUUUACCACUGAGGUAUCAUAUGAUUGUGACCCACAGAUCUAUGCUUGUUAGAAUUGGUGCUUCAUGCACACUAACACUAAUGCGAACAAUCAUCAGCAGACUUUAUUUUUGCAGAACUAGAGUCAUAAUCAUUCAUUUCUCUGAUCGCAGGUCAAAUUUCCCAAGCUGUGUCAGCAUGAGUGUUCUGUUUCAGGUCAUCAUCAUGUUUCCAGUUUUUUGUGUAAUCUUUUCAUACACAUGCAUAGCUGUAACAUUGUUCAGAACCCCACAGGACCAUCAAAACGCCACAAAGACAUGUACUGCUCAUUUAAUGGUAGUGGCUUACCUGCCCAUAUGCAUAACAUAUGUAUUUUGGGUCCUUUUAAGCACCAGCACUACAAUAAGUAUUCUUUCUCUGACCUCUGUGCUUCCUUCGAUGCUUAACCCUAUAAUCUACACUUUCAUGACAAAGGAGUUUAUGGCAUCUGUGAAAAAGGCUUAG